UUGUAGCGGCAUAUGAUAUCUUUGAUCCGACCGCAAACAUAACUGUUACUUGGGAUGUUAUUUCAUGGACCCCGGAUGGCUAUGUAGCUGUGGUGAAGAUGAACAACUACCAAAUGUAUCGCCAAAUCACGAGCCCUGGAUGGACCUUAGGAUGGACAUGGGCUAAAAAAGAAGUAAUCUGGUCUAUUGUGGGAGCUCAAGCAACUGAUCAGGGAGACUGCAAGGAGUUCCCUAGUGAUAUUCCUCACUCUUGUGAUAAGAAUCCAAGAAUCAUUGACAUGCAGCCUGGAGUACCAUACAUCCAACAAUUUCAAAAUUGUUGCAAGGGUGGUAUCUUAAGUUCAAUGGGCCAAGAUCCUGCGGAUUCAAUCGCGGCGUUUCAGUUGAGUGUUGGGAACUCGGGGAAUACGUAUAGUACAGUUAGCCCACCAGGGAAUUUCUCCCUGUUGGGCCCGGCUCAAGGCUACACCUGUAGCCCUGUGUCGCUCGUGCCAUCUUCGGUUUCUUUAACAUCUGGUGGACAUAGAAAGACCCGAGCUUUGAUGACAUGGCAAUUGGUGUGCACUUACUCGCAGUUGCGGGCCUCAAAAACUCCAACAUGCUGCGUCUCCAUGUCAUCUUUCUACAACAGUGAGAUUACGCCAUGUCCUUCAUGCGCUUGUGGCUGUAUGAACAAUGAAGCAUGUGUUAAAACACAAUCAACUAUAUCACGAAUAGAAGGUGAUGUUCCCAUGAAGCAAUGCACUCAACACAUGUGCCCAAUUCGGGUUCAUUGGCAUGUCAAAAAGAACUACAACGCGUAUUGGCGUGUGAGGAUCGCCAUCACUAACUUCGGCUACAAUGUAAACUACACCAAAUGGACACUUGUUGCUCAACAUCCAAAUCUAAACAAUAUUGCUGAAGUUAACAGCUUUAUCUACAAGCCUCUUCAUGUUUAUGGAUCCAUAAAUGACACAGGUAUGUUUUAUGGUGUAGAGAAGCUCAAGAACGACGUUGUACUAGAAGCUGGUUCAAACGGAAGUGUGUAUAGCGAGAUGAUUCUUAAGAAAGAUCGAAACAUAUUCACAUUAAAUGAUGGUUGGGCGUUCCCUCGAAAAGUUUACUUCAAUGGUGAUGAGUGCAUAAUGCCAUUGCCUGUUUCUUACCCGUCUCUUCCAAAUUCCGUUAUUCGUGCUUCAAAUAUAGGGCAACUGGUCAUCAUUCAAGUUGUAGUUGCAAUUCUUUAUCAGUCUCUAUGAACUAGACCUGAUUAGAUAUAUGGUUUAGAUAUGUAUCAGUUUUCUAAAUAUAUUAUUGUUAGCAAGAAUCAGAAGUGAGCUACAUCACUCGUGGUGCUAACAUGUUGUGAAAGAAUGUAACUCUCUUGCCUUCUUCUCAUUCAUUCACAUCAAUAUAUAAAGAUUACAAUCAAUCUCCUAUUUUGGAGAGAAUAUUACAUAA